AUGCAAAAGCGCACUAUAAAACUCAUCUUAUCAUUCCUAGCCGCCAUACUAUUCUCAUUAACCAGUGGAGUUCCAUAUGUAUUUUCUAGUUACGGCUCAGCAUUUGCAGAGCGACUGAAUUUCUCUUCUAUGCAGAUAAACACAAUUGCGAUUGCUGGGAAUUAUGGAAUGUUUUGUUCGAAUCCAUUCUUUGGGUAUAUUGCGGAUAAUUAUGGACCGAGAUUGUCAGCUUUAUUAGGAACAACUUUUCUAUUUACUAGCUUCUUAUGUAUGGCCUUAACUUACAAUGGGACAUUUCCGCCUUAUUUCUUGUUAUGUGUUGUGUAUCAAUUAUUGGUUGGAAUGGGUUCAGCGGCAGGAUUUAUAGCGACUCUUACGACCCAAGCAAAAAAUUUCCCUCAUCGAAAAGGGACAGCACUGGGUGUCCCAUUGGCAUUUUUUGCACUUUCUUCAUUAGUAUUUUCACAAAUCGAGAAUUUCUUUUUUCGCACAAAUGUUUAUCACUUUCUAUUAUUCAUGGCAUUUUGCACAGGAGUCGGUGAUUUGAUUGCGAGUUUUUUUCUAAAGAUUGUUCCAAAGCCUUCAGAUCCCUCUCAAAAUCAAAUUGAUGAGCAACGUCAAUGUCAAGAAGUUGCAGUAACAGCAGCAGCACAAUCAAUAAUACAUAAAAAGAGAUUGGGACAAGACAUUAAUAAUAAUGAAAACGAAGACACCAACAAUAAUAACGUUACAUCGAAUUCAUGUUCUGCAAUUGCAUCUGAUUAUUAUUUUAUUAUAUGUAAUGCACCAUCUGAAACCACACCACUAAUGGAAAGAGAAUGCAUUGACUCAAAUACGUCCAUCGGUGGCUUUCAAUUCUUUGCAAACCAUGAUGCCAGAGUUUUAUUUUUCAUCGUAUUACUAAUCGGUGGCUCUGGAUUAAUGUAUAUCAACAACGUGUCAGAAGUUGUCAAAUUCCUAUAUCCACAUCACGAUUCUUCAUUAACACACGAUAAACUAGAACAACUGCAAAGGUUACAAAAUCUGCACGUGUCAUUACUUUCAAUCGCUUCUUGUGUUGGAAGAUUUUCAACGGGAUUGUUUUCGGAUUUUAUGCUAAAUACUUUCCAGUUGAAACGUCUUUGGUUCCUGAUCAUGGCAGGAACUUGGCUUUCGAUUGGAUAUUUUAUAGUGGGUGUCAUUGUGACAAGAUUGGAAAAUUUGUGGCUGGCAAGCAUAAUUAUUGGAUUUGGAUUUGGAAAUAUGUUUGGUAUUGUGCUGACUAUUACGAACGAAUGGUUUGGAGCCAGAACGUUUGGCUUAAAUUGGGGUAUCCUGUCAUAUGCAAUUCCAAUUGGUGGUCAUUUAUUCAGCGCUGUCUUUGCCUACAACAAAGACAUAAUCCAAGAACCUACUUGCUUUGGCCCCAAUUGUUUCAAUCGUAUUGCAGAGACGCCGGAGACUUAUCAGGCAACGGACACAAUAGCAAAUGAAAAUGAUCAAAU